GGAUGCAAUUGAUAAAUGCAGUGGCUGCGGAAGCAUGGGGGACACCGGGUACAAUUUCCCCACAAGAAUAUAUAUGGAUUUCCCCAUUCUUGCAGUGUUACAUGUUUAUGCAUUAUCUUACGAUAAGCACUAUUGUCCUCAAUGUCCCCAUGGUUUCGAAGCCUUUAGAUUUUCCAUUAUAAAACUGCGAGAUAUGUAUGAAACUACGCAUUAUGUACAGACAGCACAAUCAUGAAUCAUCUGGUGACCAUCGUUCUCGCACUAGUCGCUCUGGCUUCAGUUCCAGCCAUACCUAAGAAGCAGACCCAACUAGACGCCUUUACCGGUCUAAACCACGGGAAAAUUGUGGGAGGAGUCGAAGCCGACAGGAACGAAUUUCCCUUUAUUGUCGACAUUCGCCGGGCAUCUCAUUCCUGCGCAGGGUCCAUUAUUAAUGCAGAAUGGAUAGUUACGGCCGCACAUUGCGCUUUACGUGCACCAAUCGACUAUACAUUGGUCGCUGGAGAUCACAACAUUGACAUUGUUGAAGGGACUGAGCAGACCAGACAAGUCGUCGAGAUUCGAAUUCACCCAAAUUACGGAAGCACGCCAAUCCCAAAUAUGGACGACAUUGCCGUCAUGAAAGUUACACCUCCGUUUGAGUUCAACGACGUUGUACAGCCAGUCGUCCUCCCAGGGCUUAAUUUUGUACCGACCGCCUUUGCCACCGUUAUUGGAUGGGGUGUUCUUGCCCAGGGUGGUGGCAUAGCGUCUUCCGUCCUCAUGAAGGUGGAUGUCCCGCAUGUCAAUGAUACCGCUUGUAACACCAUGUACUCCGGAGAUAUCACAUCUACCAUGAUCUGUUAUGGAGAACCUGGCAAGGACGCGUGUCAAGGGGAUUCUGGUGGCCCAAUUGUCUGCGGAGCGGAGAAGGCACUUUGUGGGAUUGUUUCAUGGGGACAUGGUUGCGCUCAACCAGGAUUCCCAGGAGUCUACACAGAAACCUCCUGGUACGGGGAAUGGAUACGAACUGCCAUCACCCCCACUGCAGAAGAUCCCGAACCCGUUGUCGAAGUCACCACCUGCGGCGGCCGUAUCGAUGCAUCCUCUGCCUCUAUCAAGUUCAACUUCGGAUCCCCCAUACUUUACCGACAAAGGUGCGUCUGGACGAUUAACACGCCCUUCAACUCUUUACGGAUUAGCCUCCAAGAGUCCGGCCUUUUCUGGGACGACAAGAUCUACGUCACCCAAUACUCCGCGGCCGGACCAGGCUUAUAAUUUGACCUUAACACGGUCGGAGAAGACUUUACCAUCGAAGGUGGCCUGUACCUCAUCACUUUCAUUGCUGGACCCACAUUUGGCGCCAACGGGUUCGCCAUUACCUACUUUUCCUCUGGAUUUGCCGCCUCAACCCCCGCCUUGACCGGGUUUGCCAGCAUGUCCAACUCCACGGGGAGGUACUCUUACCCAGAAAAUGGUGGCCAAUACACAAACAGAGAAAACGCUCUGGUCGUCGUUAACCCCACCCAGCCUGCCGACCGAACCCUAGCCUUCACCAGGAUGGAUGUCGAGAACGGUUCGUCAUGCUAUAUGGACGGAGUAACCGUGUUCGACUGGAGUAACGCUAUGUACACUCCACGAGCCAGAUUUUGUGGAACAGAGGUUCCAUCCCCAAUUCAAAUUCAGGGAGGUGUUUGCCUCGUCACAUUUACCACGGAUCACAGCGUAACCAGGGAUGGAUUCAGCUUCGUCUGGGCUUAAGUGUGUUUCGUCGAAAGUUUUAAAUUCUCUUAUUUUUAGCUCUUUUUUCUAAUAUUCUUCUCUUGUAAAUACGAUUCGGUAUCGUAUAUUUAGUGAUACAUAAGUACAUGUGUAAAUUAAAAUUGACUUCAUUCCAGCUGAAA